GAAAGUAACUUAUAGUUCCUGAGGAAUCUGGUCUAGCUGAUUCAGUUGAGCUUGUGUUUGCAGUUAGGUGUAGUUUGCUAGCAUCCAAGCUAGCUUUAGACACUGGCAACACAUCAGCAACUAUGACUUUUCAGUUUAGCGUUUGCUGGGUUGUGUUCCUGUCUGUGUGGGCAGUUGCAGGAUGUGAUCCCCUUGUGGAAGUUCAAACAGGAGUUCUUCAAAUGGAGUGUCAUGACCGCUACUUCAUGAUAGCUAUUGAUCUACCUGUCACUGAGCAGGACUUCCACUUUGAGGCUGUUGACGGUACAGGUGUGUACCCCCUGACUGAGGAGUAUGCAGCAGAGUGUGGCUACAGUAUCAGCGUCCUCCCUUUCUUGGGCCACGUGGAGCUCAGAGCAUCUUACUUGAGCUGUCACACUGAGAAAACGGGUCACCUGUUUGAGUUCAAAAUUAACCUAAUCAGAAACCUGGAGGGGAAAGUGGUGGUCCAUGCAUUGAACAGAACCUGUUCUCCUCCUCCCUGGUCUCCUAGAGACAUUUUCUGUGAAGUCAACUACAUGGAAGUAUCUGUGCAACAUGAGCCCACCUGUCAACCUGGAACAAGUGACUGGAAUACAUUGAGGCCUGUGUAUGCCUCACCUGUUUCAGACUGGCAGGUUGCGUUUCACAAACCAGAUCAGCAGCAGCUGCAACCCAUGAACUUCACUGAGGCUCGUAAGCAGGGUUACGUGUUCGAACUGAUGUAUGGACGUAUCCUGUUCCGCACACCAUAUGGACAGCCUGACUCAUACCGUACAGAUGUUAAUGGCGUUCCAGUUGAGGUGGUUCAUGCAAGCAUUUUCUCCAGACAAAGCUGGUUUGUUGUCAUGGUUGACUUGUUUGCUGCUUGCUCCAUGUCUCAAGGGUCUUUUGCUGGCGGUUAUGUGACAUGGAAGACUCCAGUAACCUUGUAUCCCAGUCAAUUCGGCAUGCAGGUUAGCCUUGGCCUCAAUGGGGACCUUGUGGCACAAGAAGUUGCAAAGCAGAGGGGCUUCAUUGUAGAUGAGGACAAUUCUACUCUUGCAAUCGGCAUCCCUUAUAAAGCUAAAGGAGGGUACAGGAAGAGCUAUGUCAGUGGUGGCAUUUUUGUGUUCUACAUCUUCAAUCUCUACGUGAAACAAGUCUCAAUGGAUGGUGAGACUGUGGUCAGGUCUUACAGAACUUUGGACACCCCACUCUUGCCUCAUCCACUGGUUGUAGAGGACAAGACUGUCCUGCAAGAAGGAAUGUUCACCGUAUUUCUUGGCAAUGUCCCUGACGAUGUGGACUUGACAUCUAUCCAGCUGAAUGGGGAGCAGUUUAUGCUGCCCUUACCUAGUGAGAGCACAUUCAUGAUUACAGCAGAAGCCCAACCUGACAACACCUUUAGCUACACCCUGAAGAUGCUCUUCAGUGACCCACUGGUUGUCCAGGAGUUCUCCAAGGAACAUGCAGCCAUGUUGCACCAACUGAAUAUCAACUACACUCUGACAGUGUCAGGGAGUGAGCCUUACCACUACACAACUUCAGUCACAGCACUUCUGGAUGUCUCGCCCCCAGUGUUUGAAGCCAACUGCACAGCAGCAGGUAUCAACUUCAUGCUGGUCCAUCAGCCCUCUGACUACCUGUGGGAGUUCAGCAUCGGCGCAGAUCUACUGACCAUGGAGCUGGUAACGAGACGUGGCUACAUCAUGAACAACAGCAGUAAGACUCUGCAGCUCAACGCUCCACUCUUUACUCCUGGCUAUGAUUACAGGGAUGUUUCUUUGAGAGGCUUCUAUGGCACAUUUGAGAUCCUGGUGAGAGAUCGUGACACGUUAAGGGUCCGGGCUUCUACCGUCAAGACGUGCUACUUUGAAUCCAGAGAGUUCAUCAUGUGUUCUACUGAUGGGAUGAUGACUGUGGCUGCUGACUUGUCUGAGGUCAUUCCAAGUGGCCAGAUGCCAGUCAACUUCCACCUCUACAACAAACUUUGUGUACCCAAUGAAGUCAAUGGCACCAGGGUGCUCUUCUCUUUUCCAGUCAACAGCUGUGGCUCUGUCAUUAAGCUCAGAGGAAAUGUGACCUACAGAAACAAGAUCUUCCACACCCUCAACAAUGUUCCUUCUGGUGAUGAUAAAGGGGUAACAGUUCAGUGUUCGUAUCCUCUGAACGGCCUCAGUCGCCUCUUCUCAGUGUACAGAUUUGAGUCUGACACAGAGGGUAAAGGAACAAUCAUCCAUGAUGUGCAAGCCACUCCAGGUGAAGUUGUACCAACUCCCGCCAAACCAACCCCAAAGCCUGAAACGACAGCUGCUCCAAAGAUCAUCAUUCCCAACUACCUGCCAGCCUACCAUCCACCUGCUCACUAUAUCAGAGUGACCAGAGUUCAUAGCCUACCAAAUGUCUUCUACAGGGGUUCUAAUGGCUACUUUCAUACCAAGCGAAAUCCAAUCCCCUGAAAAGAUGUCAACUGUUUUAAAUUUUUGUGACGUUUAUAAUAAAUUUUUUCUUUAAA